AUGCGCGCACAGAUCAAUCCACUUUUUCCCGAAGCUGAUGUCGACAACCGUGUAUACGUAUUCGAUCUUGUAGGAUCAGCUUUCCUACACCGUCAAGUCCGACAUAUCAUGGUCGUCCGUUCUUUCCUGGUCGGAGCAGGACUUGAAAAACUAUCCACAAUCUCAGUUUUCAUGAACGUCUCUCCUGACACAUCAAAUACAUUGCUUGAAUUUCAAGUGGAUCGCAAGCCCGAAUAUCUGAUGACAGGCGUCUCCCUCUCAUGCUCUGAGAUUGCAGAAGUAGCACAGUCUCAGACCUUUAUCACCAGCUUCAUUCCAUACAUCAACGCUCCCUCAUCACAGUCAGUCUUGGACGAGCACUUCCUCACCGCUCACACGCAGUAUCAUUCUCCAUCACCUCAAUACUUGCGCUUCAGUCAGAAAGGGCUAACACCCGAUACACUCCCUCAUUCGAACUUGAGCCCAGAACUGGUUCUUGGUGUCCCACUCAGCGCAGGGACGUAUAAGCGCGGUGCAAAAUAUGUGCCUCUAUUGGAGAGGAAGAGACUUGACCAUGUCAAUGUGGCCGAGCGUUGUCGGAUAUGGAGGGGGAGCAAGUAUAGCAAGGAAUGCAAGGCGAGAUGCCUCAGGAUGACAGAAUUCAAUUAG